CAUUCCCGUGGCCCGUGAUAUCUCGCGUAUCAUUCUCGUACUCGCGAGCCGUCAAAACUCGAAAAGGACUGGGGACGAAGGAAACGAGAAAUCCAGCAAACAUGGCGUUCAAUAAUCGAACGCGACCAAAUAUUUUGGUGACGGGAACUCCUUGCACCGGUAAGUCUGUGUUAGCGAACCAGAUAGCAGAAAGAACGGGACUCAAUCACAUCAAUGUUGGCGAACUGGCAAAACAAAACAACUUGUUUGAAGGCUGGGAUGAACAGUAUAAUUGCCACGUGCUCGACGAAGACAGAGUAAGUGGAAAUUACUGAAAUUAAAAGAUCGCGAAGAAAUGUUUGGAAUCCUUUUGUACGGGUAAAUAGGGAUACCUUAAACUUCUUUGCGUGACAUUCUUAGGGAGUGUUCAUUUCGAAAGCAGUUUAUUUCGAACAGGGUCCGACAAAAUAUUUUUUUGACAAAACGUGUCUCUAGGCAAAUGGCAUGUAAAUAACUACACAGUACUUGCCCAGUAUAAUGAGCUGCUUGUUCCAUAUCAUAAUGGUAUAAGUCUAGCGACUGCACUUAAGCAAAGCUAUUUCACGUAAUUUGGGAGGUAAAACUAACUAAAACAAAAAUACAAACUUUGCUGUUGAAGACAUGACAUUUGAUUUACAAUUUUCAUUAAUGCAUUUCAGAAAUUUUGUGUACAAUGUAAGAUACUACAAGUCCGUAGAACUUCACGCUUUCUUUUGCAGUUGAAGCUCUACUUGCAGGCCUGCCAACUCUCACGUUCUGCCAUGAGUCUCACAAUGUUUCUUCUUUUCGCACGGCCUCACAACAACGCUCCCAAUCUCACGGUUUUUGGGGAAAAUCAUUCUAAAAUGAAAUGUUACCAUGUUGAAUAAAAUGGAAAUUCAGUGGGGAAGGAUAGUGUCUUUUAAAGCCUUGUUAGCACUUUGUCUAACAUUUUGGCCACGAUUAGUUGGCUUAUUCGGAAGAAAUGACCCUUUUGCUAUAAGUUUUUUCCUAGUGAUGACCACUUCUUGGUCCUUAAAAAAGCAGCAUCUUGUUACAACAGGGAUCACAAAUAAAGCAAGGUAAUGUUUAAAUACCAACAUCACCCCCGUCCCCAAAUGAAAAAGGGUUUGUUUGAUCUUGAUGGGGAAAAAAAUAGAAUCUCACUACUUUUUGUAAAAUCUCCAGAUUUUUCUUUAUUAGGGGUUGGAAGGUCUGUACAGUACCAUUCUAAAGUAAGUUGGCACUCGAUUCUUUAUUCUCGCGAGAAUUGAGACUCGAUUCUCAAUUGUUGCGUCUCAUUUCACGAUUCUCGAUUCCUGUGAGACUCAUCAAAGAGGAAACGCCUUUGUUUAUACUUGUACUGGCAACCUCUCUCGUAAGCGACCAGCUCUGGUAACAGCCACCUUUGUGAAACCCCGUUCAAACUGUGACUUAAGCUUUGUAAUGAAAAGCUGUCAUAAGUGACCACUCCCGUAAGCAUCUGUGACCGCACUUUGGGGAUUACCCAACUGGAUUUUCCGUAGUUUUUAAGCUCUCAUAAGGGACUACUCAGAGCUUUAUUCAUAUAAAUCAACACUUUAAAUGACACUGCACAUUUCGCUAAUGGUUCGUUGAUAAGAUCUUGCACAGUGCAGUAUUGUAUUUAGUUCUUUNGCCUUUGUUUAUACUUGUACUGGCAACCUCUCUCGUAAGCGACCAGCUCUGGUAACAGCCACCUUUGUGAAACCCCGUUCAAACUGUGACUUAAGCUUUGUAAUGAAAAGCUGUCAUAAGUGACCACUCCCAUAAGCAUCUGUGACCGCACUUUGGGGAUUACCCAACUGGAUUUUCCGUAGUUUUUAAGCUCUCAUAAGGGACUACUCAGAGCUUUAUUCACAUAAAUCAACACUUUAAAUGACACUGCACAUUUCACUAAUGGUUCGUUGAUAAGAUCUUGCACAGUGCAGUAUUGUAUUUAGUUCUUUCUGUAGCGACCACGUAGCCUGCAUGGCAAUGAUCACUCACUGAGCCUAACGAAGCCUUAAGUUUAUAAAUUAUCAAUGAGUUUCUGAUUCUCUGGUGAGUGAGCACCCUCUAUUGUUUUACCAUGCAGUUGCUUAUGAGAGCUCAUUCUCUAGUAAUGACCACUUUUUCGAAUUUCCAAGGUUGUCACUUACGAGACCUUUGACUGUAUUUUAUAUAUAGAGAAUACUUCAUGGAAAGUGCUGGCGUACGGUAUUUACGCACGAGUUGUUGACGUAUCAGAAAUCGAACGAGUGAGCGCAGCGAACGAGUAAGAUUUGUGAUACAAAAAAAACGAGUUAGUAAAUACCGUUCAAAGCACUUUCCAUGUGGUAUUGUGUUUAUUAUAUACAUACUGAGACAUUCAUCAUUUUGGUGGCCUUUUUAUUUUAAAUCUUUCAAAAACGUUAAAAUUUGCCGCUACACACUUACCGCAAAAUGACAAUGAAAACGAAGUAUCAGCUUUUUAGUAAAAACGCUUGUUAAAAACAUAAAUGACUGUGAGGAUAUGAGGUAAUCCAAGAACUAUAAGUAAUCUUAACUGUUUGUCCUCAAUGCACAAUUGAAAAUGAGUGUUUUUAAGUAAAAUGGCUGGUUUCAAUAUAAGCUUAAGCUUAAAUGAAAGGCAAAGUAGCUCUGACAAAAAGCAUAACAAAAGCUUACACCUCGUUCUGUUUAUCCCUUUCUGCUGUUGUUUAGCCGGCUCUCUACCGUUUUCUUUAUCGACAGUGAAACAAACGAAACUAUUCCACUCCAUUUCCGAGAUGUUUUUCACUUUUUUAGCGAGAAAAAGUCUUUGAGUAAAACUUUUCUCGUUGAAUGUGUGCGACGCGGCGCUGCGAGCUGCAAUAAAAGGCGGGAAUUUUGGCGUGAAACUCACACACCUCUGUGGCUUCUGAUUGGACGUAUCAUUUUUCUCACACAUGAAAAAAAAAACGUUCACGAUUCUGAUUGGAGGUAUCAUUUUUUUCACGUGUGAAAACCAUCGUUCGCUCCUCUGAUUGGCUAGAACUAAUUUGCGUACGAAAAUUUACGACAGAUUUUUGGUGAGUAUUUCUCAGUAUGUAUAUAAUAAUUUGCUAUGAGUUUCACCACUAGUAACACAGGAUUGCUUCUAGGCCUACUUUCAUAUAGUUAUGAAACUGCGCUAAGAAUCCAUUUUCAGCCAGGAAAACUCCAGUCUGCACGGUAUGGCAAGUGCAUGGGCCUUUUGUUUAAACUCUGUUUGUGCACACCAAAUCUGCAGCAUUGCACGUGGCAGCACCGGGCCUUUAUAACAAGUGAUUUGCACUUGACUUGUAGGGGAGUAACCAUGAUGUUUUUCCCAAAUCUUCCCUAAGCUGUAAGUUUAACACAUUGGUUGGAUUGGCAAUUGGGUUGUAAUCCAUUUUAUAGCCUUUCUUUUUACUGAGCUAAAUGCUGUAGCAUGAUGCUUUUACUCUGGGAGUCUAGGGGUAUGCUCCCCUGGAAAGAUCUGAUAUUUAGGUUCGUCUGAAAUAGCUGGAAGUGUUCUAAAACUCAUAUCCUUCCUGUAAUAAAUACUAUUUACAUAUUUUUAGUUAUUUUAUGGGUUACAGUUUUUAUGGGUUAUAGUUAUAGGUUACAGAAUCAUUCUCAAAUUACAGUUUAUACGUGUUGAAAAAAAUAAAAAAUAAGUAAAAUAUUGUAUGCAUGUGGAGGCUCUGAAACAAAUUCUUGACUCGUUAUUUGUGACUAGUCACUGUUUUCCCUCUUAGGUUUUAAACAUUUUUAACUAAAAUGAAACCUCCGGGACACUGGGGCGGUUAUCCAAAAAGUAAAAUACAUCAAAGGCUUGGCAACAUAGCACUGUUGACAGAGGUUUUGCACCUUUUGCUUUGCUCUCUAAUUUCCUGUGCUUUGCCUACUCCAAGCACCAGUAUUCAAGUCCACCAAUCAUGACGUGGCUUUUCUGGGGACUGGCUAACAAUGAUAAUUAUUAUCAGAAAAACUGCAAAUGUGCUUAUUUGCAGUCGUCACAAUCUAUUUUCCAGCAGAAAUUGGGGGUUGCGUUCUCGUACCUCGAACACAAUAAUAAUAAUAAUAAUAAUGAUAAUAAUGAUGAUGAUGAUGAUGAUGAUGAUGAUAAUAAUAAUAAUAGUGGUUUAUGUAACAGAUCCAAUUAAUCUAACAGAUCAAAUCAAUUGGUUAUAGUAAAAGGAAGACUUAAGAGUCUGAAAUACAACAGUGAUUUUCGGGGAAGGGGAUGGCGGUAUGUAGGGGAAGGGGAUAGAUAUGUCCAUUAUGCAAAAAAGAGGCCAUUUUAAAUAUAGAAGUGUCUCAACACUUUCAUCCCUGAUUGUAGCAAAAGUUAACCCAGGUUCUCCUGCCCCUCCUGCGGGGGUUUGUCUAGCAUGGUAGCAUGUCAGCAGCCACUAGCUAGGACUUCUGAUAUUUUAAGAUAAUGUGAUCUCAGACAAGUUGGUCUCAAAUUACAUAGAUGAAGUUUCCUAUGCCAAAUUUGCUGUAAGCAGUAGGCACUUUUUGUUGCAUUAUAUGUCCUCCUGGAAUGCCACAUACUUUCCGAAUAUAUUUUACACUCAAAAGGGCUGACUAGCUAUAUAGUGUGGGACAGUGUGCUGUCCUUCAUCCGCGCGUGGGAUGCAAGUAUAACGCAAAUAAUCCCCAGCAUUGCUGCACUUUUACUUUUUGUAUUACUUGAAGCUUACCUUUGAAACUGGUGCCUUAAAAUUUAGUGGUGUAGGGUCUAACAUAACCCAGGCAUAGCAGGGAGGUAUCCAUAGCAACCCUGCAAGCAGGAAACAUGCCUGCAGCAUUCAUUAGCAUGCCCUGUCACACUGGAACCUGAUCCAGUUGAAAAGACUUACAUGACCAGAUGCUUACCUACGCGAAGAGACCGGCCCUGUGGAAAUGAAAGGGUGGGGCAAAAGGAAUCUGCACAAAUUUGCAGAAAAUGAUGUAGAAAAGAUUCGCAAUGAUCCGCAACAAAAGCAAAACUAAGGCAAUGAUGUAAAAAGUCCUUGAACAUAAAGGGGCACCUCUGCAGUACAUGUGCCUGAGAGAGUAAUUGGCUCGAGUUUAACCUUACCUAAAAUAAAUUUAGCCACAUGCAACUUAAUUCGGAGGAACUCAGUGUGGUUUCCGAUCAAAGAAGACAACCCUUCACUUCUUUUAGAAGAUCCCAUAAGCAAUUUAUUGGGGUCAGGAGCCCAUAGCUUAUGAGCAUUAUUUUUAUUAUCUUUAAUUUGACUUAGAUAGAAUUCUUAAAAUAAUAUUAUUUCAGGUAGUCGAUGAACUGGAAGAUCAGAUGUGUGAAGGUGGAAAUGUUGUGGAUUAUCAUGGAUGUGAUUUUUUCCCAGAGAGAUGGUUUGACAUAGUAUUUGUCCUACGUACAAACAACACAAUUCUUUACAAAAGACUUGAACAACGGUAAAUAUUUAUUCAACUUUACACCAUAUUUCAGACUCCUUUUAGAGGAGUUAUCACCUUAAUAUGUUGUAUUUCUGAUUUCAGUUUUCUUCGUCACCUCUGUACUGCCAAUGUAGCUAAGCCACCGCCCAGUUGCUUGCAUAACACUUUCAUCCAAUAUUAAUAUGAUUGACGUCAAUCUUACUGAUAUUUAGUCUCCUUUAAAGCUGCUCAGGCUGCAGUCAAGCAACGCUCCCGACUGCUUGACUCUGGCCUGAGCACUAGCGAAGAAGACUAAUCAAUAUCGGGAAACAUCUUUAACAUUUGGUCAACGCUUACAAGUUAAGAAGAAUAAUCUGGCGAAUUUAAGCCUAUCAGAAACAGAGAAAUGUUUUGAGUGAAUAAUAUAUAGUUUUAGCCAGGGCUAAAAGCAAAGCUUUCGUUAAUACACUGUAUACCUGUGACUUACUCAAACAAAAAAAAUAGAAUCACGUGUAAUGUUAAACGGCGACAGCAAUGACAACGGGAAAAAAAAUCAAUUGGUCUUAGUAGCCAAAAACAAAACUUUCCACAAGGAACACACUUUUUUGUACACUUCUUUGUAGUUAAUUUGCACGACUACAACGAGAAAGUUCGUAGCUGCGCGUUUUAUGGAGAAAAUGUCGUAUGUGCUCACAAAAAAUUGUGUUCGCACUUCCUGUUAAUUUUUUUCACAACCGUUCGUUUUUACCUUCCUGGCCGCUACCAUUUCUCAUUUUCUCAAUUUUCACGUUGUUCUCCUAACGAAGUUCUUGUCCUUUGUUUUUAUCUGUCGCUCUAGCUCAUUCUCUGAUAUCCACGUCAUUGUAGACAUUUUAAAAAAAUAAUAGAAAAAAAGGAAUCGGCCUUGUUGUUGGUGUUUUUUUUUCUCUCUAAAAGUCAAGUGGCUAUGCGAUUUACCGCCAAAACGCGCAGGUGCUUGAAUGCGAAAUUUCUCCGAAACUGACAUGUAGGGGUGGAAGUACGUACGUGUGUACGUAGGGACGGACGGAUGGUCACCUGACUGCCAAAUUUUCUUGUAUCGAUCGAUUUUCAUUUUCUAUAGUAUUGGAGUCUCCGCUGCGCGCGCAAGAGCUCUGCUAAAAAGUACCUUUAUUCUCAUGACCGUUGUGCUUUACAAAUAUUUCAGGGGUUACAGUGGAAAAAAGCUGACUGACAAUGUGGAAUGUGAAAUUAUGCAGACAAUAUUGGAAGAGGCUAGAGAAAGUUACAAAACGGAAAUUGUUCAUGAAUUGCAAAGUGACACCACAGAGGAACUAGAAAAUAAUUUGGACCAAAUAGUAGCAUGGAUUCAGAAGUGGUCUGGAUAGCAGUACUGGGUGAAGGCACUAUAAAACAGUAUGGAAUGGCACUUUUCCUCAGGGAUUUUCUCUUGAAAUGCUGGCUGCAAGUUUUACGCCAUGCAUACUCUUGCUGCAUUGGCGUCCUUACAUAUUGUGGUGAGAACUGUGCUGAAUUUGUUUGACAAGUCGAAAUCAACCCAAUUCAACAGUAAAACUCCACAGAAUGUGAUCUCUUCUAGGAGCAACUAGACUGAGGAGUAAGGAAAGAAAACAAAUGUAUCCUUCAAGAGACCUCAGAAUUUCAAAAUUUUAAAAGUUAAUGUUCUGCUUGGCCAGAAUCCAACAUUCCACAAAGACUGUCAGAUUCUAUGUGACUCCCUUCAAAAGGUGGUGUAUGACUAAUAUGGGGCGUUUUAUGUGACGCACACUUUGAACUCGCUGUAUAUAUUCCACUGGCUGUCCCAUCUUAAACUUUUAGGCUCACAAAGGACCCAAGAGUUUAAAGUUACAAUUCUGUAGUGAGUUACUGUUAGGAAAGAAAAGAGAAAACUUUGUCUCCAAAAGGCUAGACCUUACUAAGCCAAGUGGGUCACACCAUUAUUUGUGCGCCUCGACCGUUCUCGUAUCCAAUCCUCUGUUAAGCGACUGGGCACGAAUCCGUAUCGAGAGAGCGUCUUGCGGGCUAAGAGAAGCCCCAAUUCUAUCAUUGGUGCACAAUACGCACGGAAUCAGUGAGUUACGAAAAACUCUCGUUUUCAUGGCUAAUAAUGUUCUUAUUCUUAAUUGAGGC